AUGGAACCCCUAUGUGAAUUUUGUGGGGUUGUAAGAGCUGUGGUGUAUUGCAAGUCAGAUUCUGCGCGCCUAUGCCUUAACUGUGAUGCAUCUGUGCACUCUUCCAAUCCCCUGUCAAGCCGGCACGCGCGCUCUCUUCUCUGUGAUCUCUGCUAUUGCCAUGCAGCUGUUGUUUGUUGUGUAGAUCAUAACAUGUGUGUGUGUGAAGCCUGCGAAUGGAAGCAGAAUGAGUGCUUAUUGAGGGGACACGGCCGCCUGCUGUUGAAGUUCUAUACCGGUUGUCCCUCUUUUGAGGACUUGUCUAGGCUUUGGUCCUUUGUGUUUGAUGCUAACUCCUCAUGUGGUGGUGGUUUGCAACCAAUUAGUACACUGUGUGUGGAAAAACCUGAUAAUGAUGAUGGUUUAUUUGAUUUGGUGAGUGACAAGUUGAAUGAGAUACAACCGUGCUUCAAAUUCGAGCCUUGGACGGAUCUGUCUCCCAUGAUUCCAUCAAAUCAAGAUACCAUGCAAUUCUACAAAGAUCAAGCACUUUUUCCCCCUCUAGAAUCAAACCAGCCAAAGCUGCAGGGAUGUUCUAAUUUCAACUAUCUUGGAAUCGAUGAAGGAAAUGGUUUAUGUGAAGGUCUAACUGUGGAUGGUGUUAUUCAGUUAAACUUUGAAAAUGCUGAUGAAUUAGACUGUGUAUUAAUGGAUAAUAACAUAUCAGUGACAGAAUCUAAAUGUCCUUCUGCGGAUUCCAUUGAGGUAAUCUCACUAGCAUCAUCAUCAGUCCAACAAGAUUUUGUAACCUUUCAAUCUCCGAGCAUGAUGCCGACCUUCCACAGUAAUGUGAAUUGUGCUCUUGUGAGUCCUAUUUACAACAGAGACAUGAAACUUGGAUUCCCUCAGGAUCAAGUUCAUUCCAGCAUAUCGAUGGAAUUAUCCAACAUUGCUGGAGACAGUAGUGCUACUGAUCUAGCUUGUGAGUUGUCCAAUGAGAUACAAUGCCCAGAGAGAAGGGCCAAAGCUAAAAUGAGAUACAAUGAGAAAAAGAAAACCCAAAUGUUUGGCAAACAAAUAAGAUAUGCAUCUAAGAAAGCGAGGGCCGAGGCAAGAAAACGAGUGAAAGGUAGAUUUGUUAAGACAGGAAGAAGAAUAUGAUUAUGACCCUCUGCUGCAGAAUAAACCUGAAUAAGCAUCCAAUGUGCAAUCACUAUUUUUUCAUGCAAGAUGUGGUUCUGUUUUGCAAAGUAGUCCAUAAACAUUGUGCAUAGAUUGUUUUCGUUCUGAGUUCUCAAUGGAACAAAUUAUUUAAUGCAACAAGAUAAUUGUUCAAAUCCUGUUAGAACUUUUUAACAGGUUUCGCAAUCAAAGGCAAGUGUGCACUUGGAAAUUUGGAAAAAAAGGAGUUGCAUACAUACCAUGAUAUUCCAUUUUCUUUUAUAUGUAAUAAAUGUUAAGAGGUACAGGCAUGGAACAUAGAGGAGCAUGAGGUUUGAAGUGAACAGAUUCGAAUUGCAUCACAAACAAGCAAAGAAGGUAAGAUAAGUACCUCUAUAUAUCAAACAAUCUUUUCUUCUUUUUGUUUUCAAAUAAAUAAGGAAGCCUCUUUUGUUGCAUAAGCAUUAGAGUUGAAGAUAGCAUAUGUUUUCCCUUCUUUAAAUAUUCAUUUGAAGGUAAAUGUUUUUCAAAAAUAAUCUUCUGUCUUCUCUUUUGACAUUUGUAUUUUCAUCUAGUAUUAGCAGGCCUAUAUGUUCUUCCUUGGAAAGUAAGCACCAGAUUUUGGAAAAUCUUGAUUCUGUUUUGAUCAGACACUAAACAUUGUCAACUGUAGAUUGAAACAUUUUUUGGAAGCCAGUUUCAGCAGCAGCAACUUUGAAAUCCUCUCUGUUGCCUCAAUAAUCAUCAUCAUGCUUUGUACUUCUUCAUAUUUUCUUAAGGAUUGGUAAUUAUUCUUUCAACAAUGAUUCAAACAUUGUUUGAAUGCCAUCAAAGAGUUUUGUUUUUGUCACUUCUUUUUUCCAAUGAAAUUGGAGAUAUUAAUGAUUAUUUGCUUGUUUUGACAAAUACAGGUUUUAGUACCAGCACUGCAUAAAUCUGUUUUGGACCUCAACCAUAAAUUAGGAAAAAUGACUCAUCAUAUCAUAAGCUUCUAAGUUGUUAGACAUUAAGUUAAAAAGCCAUAACAAUUUUAUAGCAUAAAUUCAUCUUGAUUAAGAUUAACUCCUUAAAAAAAGAGAACAUUCAGAUAAUAUCAUCAGGAUAGUGUUGAAUUUAAAGAUUGGAAAAAAAAUGUUUAAAAAAAUGAACAUCCCAUGCUAUUUUGAAUAGUAUUUUAGUUCUCAUGCCAAUUUUAGUUCUCAUCCUAAGACUCUGAUGCAAUGAAUCAAAGGAAGAAUCAUUGGAAGAAUCUGAUCAGCUAGGAAAGAAAGUGAUGUUUUCAUGUUGCCUUCUAAUAAUUGGUUGCUGAUGAAUCUUUAAUUGUUUAACUAAUAUAUAAUUAUGACUUGAUCAUUCAUGUAACUCUGUAUAGAAAUUAAACUUGGUAGUUUUUUUGAACAUAUAAUUCAUGAUACAAGCAACUGAAGCAAGAAUCCAUAUCAUAAAAACCAGUUCACAUUGAUUUGGUAUAUUGAAAUCUACAAGAAGUUAAAGAGAUCUAAAUUAACA